CUUUCAACUACGUCGAGGCUUGCGCUUUAUGGGAUAACGCUUUUCGGUAAUUAUUGUUUUCUCAUAGCAUACCGUGUGAUCAUUGAAGUUUUUCAUUUUUAUUCUAGUCAAAGACAUGGCUCUUAGCGUUGCACUUCCCUUAACUGGCUUGGAGACAGAUAAUUUUAACUCGUUCAGCUCGUUUGGUCAUAUAAUUGAGAUCGCGGGUUUAUCUCAAUCGCAAUCGAGCCCAAGCCCGUCAGUGUCCAGUGAAUCUAGCGGUAUCGGUUCGCUAGGAUCACUCAAAUCCGAAUCAGUGAACAGUGACUCCCUGCCUUCAAGUCCUCAAACGACUGAAAAGAAAAUCUUCGAACCAGUCUUGCAGCUGCAGCCGCGCCCACAGGAGAAGAAAGCCGAAGAUGUCAAAGUUACGUAUGGUGGCAGAGACAUCCUCAAUCUGAUGGCAAAUCUCACUGACCCGAGAUGGAGCUAUCGUGCCACAAUAUUGCCACCAAAUAAUCCUGCAUUGUUUUUCGCAAAUCGCUCCCAGUAUCAUCGCUUGGGACCAUAUGGAACUCGCACACAGUAUGUAAAAGACAACUGCCGUCUCUGUGGAUUCACAUGGGUUGUGGCUGCUACAGAUUGAUGUGAUUUUCUGUCACAUUAAAUUUCGAACAAACAUUAAGUUGAAAGGGUACAACUGGGACACAUCAGGCUGCAUAUCAAUGUUUUUAUUUAUUCUGACUGUCACAUUUGCACUUCAGAACCAAUGACUCAACAAACAAUGUUCAACAGUUUUUACAAUUUUACCAAAACUGUCCAUAAUUAGUGUUUUGUUUAGAAAGGGCAGAGAUAAAAAUCAAUCAUUGUAUUGUUUGCUCACUUAUCAAAAUUUAUUUACUUUGUUUACAUUUAUUUUGAGAUGAAUCUUUAUUUCAUUGUUUGAAUUGUAGUUAUUGGUUUGUGACUAUCCUACUAGUAGUGUCUGUAUGCUUUCCUGCUGUGACCCAGUUCUACAGAUGACUGUGGAAUAUGUGGCUAUUGUUUCUCACGUUAAAGAUACAUUUAAUGUGACUUAAUACUGUGAUCUUAAUUUAAACAAGACAUUUUUGUACAAUUUCAUUAAAUAGAAACACACAAUGGACAUGCGAAUUAGACAUAGUUUCUAAUCACUUUUUGAAUUGUGUGAUAAUUAGGCUUAAUUUAAAAACAACAAUAUUUCUACUUGAAUAUUAUGCCAAAAAAAUUUACAUUUAUUCCAAAUCAACAUUACUAGCUCCCAUUUUCAAUUAACUUAAAAAAUCAUUUGCUAAAACAUAUCUCAAAACUCAAAUUAUUUUACUGUUGAAAUUUUAAAAUAAUAUAUUCAUUUUAUUUUAUUCUACACUUAGUUCCUCUUAGAAAUGUUAAUGAAUUAAUUUUUUUUUAUCCAAAGAAUAUUAUAUUAACAAUAAAUUGUUAGCCACAAUUUAAAUUGAUUAGUAUAAAGGACUUGUUCAGCUCAUGGAUUCCAAGUCCGGGUACUCUUAAAGCAAUAUUUAAAUUUUAGACAUAAACUUACAAUAACAUGAGCUACUUCCCACCAUAGUGUGUAAUAAUUAUUGUUUAAAUAUUGUUUUACUCUAUUCAUUAGUUUCUAGAUAUAAUUAUUAAGAUAUAUUCCACAGUCAUUUAUCAAUAGGAUUGUCAUUGUUUAAACCAAAAGGCUGCUUCUCGGAUGUUAUUUAAAUUUACGAUUUUGACGAGAUAGGCACGAAUUUAAAGCCAAGCUGUAGGUUAAUUUUUAAGGUCUAAUAACGAUUGUUGGAUUUUACCGUCCGAGCAUAUUAAUACAUAAAAGUGAUGACAUAUAGCUAUGAUCUAGACAGUUCCCAAAAACUCCCUAUAUGACUUGAUGAGAAAGCUUGAACACCUCAUUUAAUUAUAUGACGAGCCCAUACAAAACAUAGUCAAAUGGGUUAUCAGUGCAUAUCAUCACAAAUUAAUGCAGUGAUUAGAUAUUCUAAGGUAUUAGUAGUUGUUACAGACCGUUUUAAAACGUUUGAGUCAUUGAAUUGCCCAGAUACUGGGUUCCUAGUGAAAUUAUAAUAAGUGUCGUUACAGACUGGCAAUAUCUCUAUGUAUGUGCAUAUAUAAUAUUAAUGUACUAUUCAUGGUCUCUUUAAUUUAGUCAAGGUAUUUAAUAGUGUGAGUCUCUUGAAUAACAUAUAAGUAAAUGUAUAACAUACUAACUAAAUUAAUCAAUAAUUUAAUUGAUACUGUCCUCCUGUGCAAGUUUAGUUCUACUAUGUGGAGAUCAGCUUUAAAAUUUGAACUGGACUUUUUGUACACUAUUAUUAUUAAUGUUGACAUAUUUCCCACAAAGUUAUUUUUAUAAAGAUAAAAUAUUGAUACGAGACAAUACAUUAUAUAGUUCUCCAAAUUUUCUUUGUUAUAAAAAUGGAGUUCGCUUGACGGUCGGCAAAUUUUGGAGGGGACCAACAUCCGCACAUUUUCUUUUUAUGUUUUGAUGACCUAUGUUUAAAAUGUUAUGACCACAACAACAGUUUAUAGAGAUCUACAUUAAAUUAUACUUUAUUUUUAGAUGGAGUCAUAAAUGCAAGUCUGUUUUUUAUGUGUUUGUACAACGAACUGGGCUAUGAACACAAAAAAAUUAUAGUUAAAAUGUUAAACAAAUUGUUUAUUUAUAUAUUUAUUUAUGAUUCAGUGUGUAAUGACUGAACAUAUAGCAUAGAUCUCAGAAUGCAGCUGACAUGAGUACAUACUUAAUGCCUGUUUUAGAAGGCACCUCAUAUGAUAACUGUUUGCGAAUAAUGAAUGUAUAGUUCUGUUGAGAGGUGUCUUUGCUUGCCUAGUGUGCUAUAUCCUCAGUCACGCGCACUCGCACGGUUGUUAUUGGUUAUAAUGAAAUCAAUGUUGCAUUCAGAUUAUUUUUAGUUUUUAUCAUUAUAUUGUGACAAAGCUGCAAUCGCAUGUAGUUCAAAGGAAAGUAUUCGGAGCGAAACGCACAGAUGUAGACUAGCUGUUGUUGUGCAUGUCUCCUAAGUGUUAGUUGUGAUGUAAGCGCCGCGAGGUGCUGAGGUACGAUGCAAUAUUUGCAUUCCAGUUUUGUGUUUUAAGUUUAGCAGCCGAGGGUAGUAGUUGUUAAUGUUUAUUUAAAAUCACAUUGCCAAAUAAUUUGGGUGUUGUGCUAUUAUUUAUUUAACAAGAAAAUCGAAAAUCAAUUUAUUACUUUCCAUCACUAAUUUUAUUUGUUUGAUCGAGAGUGAAUAAUUAAAGUUGUAUACUAAAUGAUUUUACAAAUGUUUCAAUCAUUACAAUUUUUAUGCAUUUUAAAAUGUUUAGUCAAAUCAAUUACAUGAUAUUAUUCAUAAUAAUAUUUAUUAUUCUAUGUAUUGUUCUCAUGUUAUUUUAUUUCAUUCAACUGUAGUCAAAUGACAGUAUUUUUAUAACAAAAUUGUAUAAGGAUGAAGGGUUCAGCCAGAGAACGUCUGCAUCCGGUGUUGCUACGCUAAAUUUGACGUAAUAAAUGCAUAUCGACACCGAUGUCGCACGUACUUCCGGCCUGUAUUACGUAUAUCUGAUAAGCAUUAUGUAGGUUUAGCGAAAUAGAAAUAACUCGGGAGACGAACUCCAGGCACCAAAUCUUAUUGGUUCAAUGUUAUUCUCGUAUUAUGGUGAUAUAGUGCGUCGCGCUCGGCGCAGAGCUCAAUAUUUUUAGUGACCCUUAAGAAAAUUAAUACCUCUUUUGAAAAGAAUAUAAUAAUUAUUACAUAGUAUAUUCAAUCGAUGAUCACAUAUUAUGUAUUUCCCUGUUUAUUUUGAUGUGAUAUCAUAAAUGACUGAUCUGAAUUUAGUUUUUAAGUUGGUUAUCGAUGUGCAGUGCUAUUUCGAGAGUAUAAUUAAGAUUUAAUAUUGAAAAGUGCCAAUGCUCGUAAUUUAAUCUAUAUGACUGUUCCUUUAAUGUAGCUGUGACAGCUCGACUCCAACAUCGGAAGAGAGCUCGUCUCAUCUUGUCCACUUCAGUAUAAUAUUAUUAAGCAAACUUCCUUCUAACGCUAAGUAUAUCAAAUGUUAAUGUUUGUAACGAACCACGUAACGUGCACAAUCUCAGUAAUGCUUGCAAUAUUAUGUAUAAAAUGUUUUAAUUCCUCAAUUUAAUUUAAUCCAGCGUAAUGUUAAGAGUACAAUAUUUAAUGAUGUUAUAUCAUUCUAGUAUCAAAAUUAACCGAAGAUGUUAAUAUUAUUAUUAUUAGUUAGGUAAAAUUUUAAACUAGCUUCGUAUAAUUGGGAUGUUUUAGUAUUUAGUAGUGUAUAAUUACUACGUAGUGGCAAGCAAGAUGUCUCGUGUGUGAUGUGAAUAAUGUUAGUGGCAAUAAUACUCGAUGUAAGCUCCCUGCCAAGAGAGUUGUACAGGGUCGCGAGCAUACACAACUGAAAGAUAGACACUAGGCGUUUAUUUGUUGUAAUUAUAAUAAUAGCCGUAGGUAUUUUAUCGUACUUAAAUAAUUAUUCUUGCGAUGCCUUAAUUCUGGUUGUCAAUUAGACACGUCUCUGCCUAGAGUGUUAUCAUUGUUUUUAUUUAUUUUAGUUUUUGCUGUUCCGGCUUCCUCCGUGAACUUCCAGUCCAGGCUGUUCUUUUAAAAUAAUUUUGAGGUCGAUUUAUUUUUACCUAAGUGUUCUUAUUAAAUGUUACCAAAAUGUUUUUAAUAAAAUAUUUUUAUAUGUAA